UCUUUAAAAGGCUGGUCACCGCCUCAUUUGCAGCCACAACAUCUUCCACAUUAUACUUGUCUUCCUCCUCCAUCCAAUUACGUAAACGUAGUAUAUAGCAUACAUACAUAGAUGGGUGCUUGUUUGUCUUCCUCUUCCGUCAUCGAUGCAAAAGAUCAGAAGCCCUCCUCCGCCUACGUGAUCUCAGCCAACGGAGAGCUCCGUCAAUAUACAGUUCCCAUCAACGUCUCUCAAGUUCUUCAGUCUGAGAUGCCUUCUGAUGCUUCCUUCAUCUGCAAUUCCGACCGCCUUUACUUCGACGAUUUCAUACCUCGUUUGGAUUCUGAAUACCAGCUUCAGCCCGGUCAGAUCUAUUUCGUGCUCCCUACUUCCAAGCUUCAGUAUCGCUUGAGUGCGUCUGAAAUGGCAGCUCUUGCCGUUAAAGCAAGCGCUGCUCUCGAGGACCUCAACAAAAACAACCGUCGCCAUUCUAAGAAGUUUAUAAGGAAGAAUAAGAAGAGCAAUUCUCGGAUUUCACCAAUGCUUCUCCAAGUGGAAGAUGAAUCUCGAGAUAAUUAUACUCAAAGUCAAAGCAAUUAUAGGGCUCCGUCCAUGGGGCUUGGCGUUUCCAUGAGAUCUGCUUCUGUCAGAAAAUUGCAACGAAUAUCUUCGCGGCGGGCAAAGAUGGCUGUGCGCUCCUUCAGGAAGCUUAUGACUAUUCAAGAAGGAUCCGUUCUCUUGUUUACUUAACUAAUUAAUUACUUCAUUAUUUUGUUCUUUUGACGGGAGCGUGAAGGAGAGAGGUUAAUUUCUUCUCGAGUUGAAGGGCUUUCUCCUCAUUUUCACUUUUCAUGGGCAGUAACAUGCUAUAGGUUGUAACAUGCCCUCAUCUUCUCUCGCUCUCGGCAUGUAAAUAAAAAUAUGCGGGAGUUGCAGAGCAUAAGAUCAAAUUCAGCUGUUUGUAAACUUAGUAAUUAACCUUUUUGUGCAAUAUAAUUCCCUAUUUUCUUGUGAACUGAAAUAGUAAAUCAUCAAAAUUAAACUCA